CCAAUAGUCUCAAAUAACUAGCAUCAAGACCUAGUGAUUCCGAAGCUGAUAUAUCAAAUCCCCGCAUGCCUUGAAAGACAUCCCAUGAACCCAUAGGGGACACAGCGAUCCGACAAGCCAAUAUCCCUCCACCAAACUAACGUAUCUCACACAUCAUCAGUCUUCAGACUCGAUCAAUCCCAGUCAUUGAGGCGUCACUCAAUCAUAAUGGUGCCAUCCAGUCCAGUGAUGCAAAAGCCCAACUAUCACCAUUAACCAAAUCCGGACACUCAUGCAUUACACGCAAAUAGAGGGAAAGUAGAAGAAAGAACGGAGUAGAGGGGAACUCCCCAAUGGAAAGUCACAACCGCACGCGUACCUGCAUUAACCACACACACAACCAUCUCAAAGACAAUAACAAACCCGCCAUUCCAAUCACCAACAACGACCACCACUACAAGCCACCCACCCCCUCUCACACACAUACACACGCAAUCCACACCUCACUAACCCCCCAACCUCAAAGAAUCAAGCCCGCAGUCCCAAUCCCAGUCGAAAGCCUGCAAUACAAGACCAGGGCCCUCAUAUCAGCAAUCGACACCUACCCUCACUACCGACAUACAAACCCCCCAACUCCUACUCCAUUGAGUAAAAAAGAGCAACAUAUGUCAUAGACACGGGAUCGGAGAUUACUCGACUCGGUUCUUGCAAAGUUUAAUCCACUUCUCGAGGACGGAAGAGGAGGGAAAGAGCGGAAUAGGAGUGUUUCGUUGGUGGG